GAACGCGUCGCGUCGCGUCGCGUCGGGAUUCCUGAGGAUUACCCGGCGUGCCCCGCGGGAAAGAUGGCGUUGGACGGGAGGGGAUAGAGAUAAACUUUAUCUAAAAAUUGGUAACAGAGAUAAUCUACGCCUGGGAUUCGCGGUAACACUUCAACUCCUCACGGAGACACACCGGCGACAGGACGCGGGAGCCGCGAUCGCUUUUGACGGCGCGAGCGGAGAGAUUUUAACGGCCGUUAGCAAGUGUGUGUUAGCCAGCGAGAAGAAGAAGCGGGCAAAGUUUAUUCAGUUUGAGCAGGAGUCCAAUCUGAUCUAUACCAAACUCUGGGUUUAACUGCGGAAUAUUCACUAGCCCAGGUCAUUGAUAGCCCUGAGGUCCACAUGCUGAACGGGGGAGGAGGAGUGAGACGUGAGCUAGAUUGAGUUUCCUUGGUGAUCGGAGGGACCCACUUGGGGCGAUGACUCUGGAUAAUGCAACAUGCACACUUGAGAGCGCUCAGGGCCUGAGGACCUGUUAAUGAGGACACCACUGAAACCAACUCCAGUUUCAGGACUAACGGAUGGUGUAUGGCAGCACACGGAUCUCCCAGAAUGACGAGUGCUGCUCCUGCCCGGAAACCGUACCGAAAGGCACCUCCGCAGCACCGCGAGACGCGCCAUACUGUGCCAGUAUUUCGAGAGGAUGUUAGCGGGAGUGCCUUGCCAUCCGCCAACCUUGCGCUUUCAGCCCAGCCUGACUCCUGCCAGGAGUCCUUAUCAGAUGCCGACAGGAUCAAGAUCCUGCAGCAGCAAAAUGAAGACCUCCGUCGCCGGCUCUCCCAGACCACUCAUAAGAUGGAGGCGAUGGAGACGGAGUUCGAAACCAGUCAACAUUACAUGCAAGCAGAGCUGGGUCGAACCAGAGACGACCUGGAGAAAAUGAGAGACAAAUUCAGAAGACUGCAGAACAGCUACACGGCAUCUCAGAGAGCUAAUCAAGACCUGGAGGAGAAACUUCACGCCCUGCUCCGUAAAGUGGAAAGAGACAAGAAAACCAUGGAUCAAGAGAUAGUGGAGCUCACGAAUAAACUUGUGGAUGCCAAAAACACUAUCGACAAGCUGGAGGAACUGAAUGAACGGUAUCGGCAGGAUUGCAAUUUGGCUGUGCAGCUGUUGAAGUGCAAUAAAUCGCAUUUCAGGAAUCAUAAGUUUGCUGAUUUGCCAUAUGAGCUACAGGACAUGGUGAACAAGCACAUGGAGAGUAGCUUGCCUAACAAGACUCGGGGCUCUCAGGGAGCUCAAGCCCAGGAUCCUGACACUCUAAGUCUGACUCCUGCAGACGUAGUGCCCACUUCAGUGAUCGCUCGUGUUCUUGAAAAGCCAGAGCCCCUGGUGCUCAACUCAGCCCAGUCUAGCAGCAGUGCAGGUCGGCCCGUGGCUGAAGAUGUGUUUGUACACGUGGACAUGACAGGACCCCCAGACGAGAGUGGAGGGCGUGAAAAUGGGGGUCCUGUUCAUGCCAGGCCUAUUGUGGGAGCUGGUUCUGAUCAGCAGCAUGUAAACGGCAUGUGUCGAAGCCAGGGCAGCCUGGAUGGUGCAACAGGAGAAGAUGGGGCAGCCCCUUCUUUUGAGAAGUUGAAUCCUUACCCAGCACCUCCACCACCAAACCCGCUGUACCCUGGUCGCAAAGUGAUCGAGUUCUCCUCCGAUGACAAAGUCAAGAUUCCCAAGAACAGUCCACUGCCCAAUUGCACCUACGCUACUCGUCAGGCCAUUUCUCUUAGUCUUGUGCAGAACGAAGAGGAGGCAGUCGAGCGCCAGCGGACCGUGCCCAAUAGCCCUGCUGUGUCUGAUGGGGGUUGGCGGUCUGGGACCUCCUCAUCUUCUGGUGGAGGGCAUGCUUCUCACCAGCGCACACCUCCACAGAUGGAUGCGAUGGACACCCUCUCAAGUCAUUCAAGUCCCUUUAGCAGCCCCCCUCAGCCUCCGAGCGCCUUUGCAAGCUCUGGUAGCUCAGAGGAGGACCUAAUGGCCAACUGGCAGCGCAUGUUUGUAGAAAAAAUGGCACCAUCCACCGAAGGCUGCCUUGUCAACCGUACGUCCUUCAGCAGUGAGACGGUAAAAGAUCUCCAAAGAAGUCACAAUGGAAAAUCAAGAGUAGGGGCUCUGAGAGGUGCUUACUCUGAUGGCGAGGAGGGAUCCUCGGCCCAGAGCUGGACGGCAAGUAGAGAGUCCAGUUUGGAUACAGACAACAGCAGCAUGGCAGACCUCCGGGCAAAAAAGACUCAAUACGGUGGUGACUUUUCCCAGGAAGAGGGUGAACACCUACUGAUGGCCCUUGAUCCACUUGAGAAUGAUGGUGCUAGUGGUGACACCAUGGUCACAAUUGAGAGCAGUCCAGCCUCUGCUAAGUGUCAAGAGUUUGCUGAAGAUGAUGGCUCUGCAGGAAGUUCAUCUGAGGAGCGAGAUAUCCUGCCCCAGGACUUUCCUGUCAUCGGCUCAAGAGCCCUAGCUGCCCUUGAGGAUUAUGCAGACAAGCCCCCUCAGACUGGCUCCUCACGACCUCUGAAGAGCCCCAAGAGAAUGGGGGUUCAUCACUUGCACCGCAAAGACAGCCUUACACGAGCUCAAGAGCAUGGAAACUUGCUGGACUGAGACUUUCAGGCUUAUUCUUCUCUUCUUUUUUUGACCUUGAGUGCUCUUCAUCUUACUAGCAAUCUCUAGGCAUUGCAGCAUACGACAAGUGGAAGGGAUUGAAUCAGCACUGUUGUACUUAUCCCUGAUCAUGCUGCUGUUGCAGAGGCAUCAUUGUAACUCUUCUGUCCUUUCUCUGAGGCUUGGAGCUCUUUUAUCUGUGGAACCAGUGGUAUUGAUGGCACCCGUGGUGAAGUACUUCAGUCAGUCUGGCUUUGCGUGGACGGUGCUUCAGGGAUCGUACAAGAAUGUCAUAGGAGACAUUCCAAGUCCGAGACUUGAUUCUGUUUGAUGUGACAUGAUUAAGUGGGCAACAGAAGGACAUAGCUAUACAAUUACACUUCUGUAAGAGAAAGAGUUCAAGAUUGAGCAGCAUUGGGAAUGAUCCAUGUGGCACUGUACGGACAUGGAACAUCUCACAUAAUGGGUGUUUUGACAUUUGCUUUUGUCCUCGGGUGAAAGUUUUCUACCCAGAUAAUGAUAUCUACCCAGUAUCCAGGUGCAAGUCCUUUGUUACGGGAGAUUGGGAUGGCACCAAAUGGCCACAGCUUCACAGAUACCACUGUGUCAGGCAUUCUGCUGGCUGAAGCAGAUUAAAUGUAAUCUAUGGGGACUCUCUUGUCAAUUUUCAGUGCCUAACCCUUGCUCUGACAUAGGGGGCUCUCCAUCACCCUUUAAAAUAACAUCUUGUUCCUUUAGCCUGCUUUUAGUCAUCAUAAACUGAGAUGAUCCUUCACCUCCAAUUUUCGGUUACCUCUCUUCAUUGAUCUACCACUGUAUUUCAACACCCAAUCUAAAGACAGCUUUUGUACUUUGAUAAUUUGAAUUUGAUGUAUUCAGUAUGUGUUUUAAUGAUCAAGUGUACUCCCUGAUUUUCAUUCUCAUCUAUUUUGUUUGACUAAUGGUAUUUAAAACCAAUUAUGAUUUUAAGUAAAUAUAUAGAGUUUGUGUAUUUAUUUGUCUUAUGCUUGUCUGAAGUGUCCCAUUACUUCCCUCAAAGCAGUUAAGCACUUGCAGAAGUGUGUAUAAAUGCAUAGGUUACUAAAUCCUGUCAUGAAAUGAGAAGGUAUGCAAUCCCUAUAACACAUUUUAAAUAUUUAGUCUAUUUCUUUUUUUUUCUUUUUUCACAGGUCAGUAUUUAAGAGUAAAAAAACAAACUCUACAAGUAAGGCUGAAACGUUAAAAUGUGUCAUUGGUAUUUUAUGUCCUCCAAUUCAGAGAUAUAUUAAUCUGACCCUUUGAUGCUGAUGGCACAAAUUGCCUUUCAGAGGGCAUAUUAAUAUUUAAAAACUAUGCAUUUAGUACUGUGUAAUAACACCACAAAAACCUAGCAAAGCUUUCUCUCUGUUAUGAUGACAUAGCGGACUUCUAAAUGAAAAAACGAUGAUGUAAAAAGCUGAAAUUUAAACCAGAAACAUGACCAGAAUGCAUUAUUUAGAUGAUUUUUGUUUGUUUGUUCUUUUUAAUCCCUGAUUUCAAGAAAAGCCAUGCUUUGAUCUUAAUGAAUGUAAUAUGUAAUGGAAAUAAUCUUUAUGUAGCAUCCGUUUUCAUUGGUUCCUCUUUAUUCUUUAGCUGAUGCGAAUGCUUUAUGUAUUUUAAGGGGACUGUGCAUCCCGCCAUCAUUGGGUGUCUUUUUCUGUGUGUAUUUUUGUGUGUUAAUCUGAUUUCUCGUGAUUAUGGAAGAUCAAUCUGUCUUCUACAAGUUUUUUUUUUCUUUUCUUUGAGUGUCCGAAUCGUUUCAUUUCAAUCCUUGUUCAAAUAGCAUUUUAAUAUUCAUAUUUUUUUCUCAAACAAUAAGUUUCAUAUGCAAUGGCUACAAGCAUCCUCAUUCUUUUGUUUUGAUAAAUAUAGAGACGAUUAAACUCUGUGUUGCCUUUUUAA